AUGGAGGACUCCGGCAUGGGCCAAGAGAAUUUGGUUGUCAAAAAACGAAAAGAUUCAUCUCAGGGUGGAGAGUUGAAUGUGUUUGCGGGAGAGCAGGUGCAUCCAGAUGUGGACUCGAAAGAGAACACCGACCCGGAAACACAAAGUCACGACACGACUUAUCAGCCAUCACUGGAACAAAACCAAAACGAAUACCUUGAAUCCCUCAAACAAGAAACUCUAGAACCAUCUCGUUCACCCAUAUACCCAUGGAUAGCACCGCCGCAGAGCCUUCCCGGACCAUACGACGCACCAUACUUUCCAGUUCCCUUGCCAACAAUCGCAGUCGCUGAAAUCACAGAAGAGGGCAUGAAAACGGAAGCGCCUACAGAUAAAAGGCCCGAAGAACUAGAGACUAUCCUCUAUUCACGUCGCAUCCCCACAAAUAUCAGGCCAGAAAACGACACUAUCCGUGAAGGCGUCGUUACUGUCUCGACAAGAGGCUGGAGACGCAGCCAAUGGACCAUCAAUGCCGGAUGA